UUCAAGCCACUCUCAGAGGAAUCCGGUCCCGCUUUUGCGUUUCUCCCUCCUCUCCGCCACAGGCUUUUUCCUGACAAGUUGAACUGUUCCGUGGGCUCGUACGAAAAGGAAGAUAUUCAGCUAUGCUUGCUUCAAGUUUUAGAGACUGUAAGGCUUGGGAGACAGAGGGUCUCCCACUGACCACCACCAGCAACGAGGCCUGCAAAUUAUACGACGCUAUACUUAAACAGUAUGUAACCUGGCGUAAUGACGAGAUACUAGGAGGAAUAGAGGGGUGUAUGACAGCAGUCCAAGCAGCUGAUCCAAACUUUGUGAUGGGUCAUGUAAUCAGCACUGGACUACAACUGGUAGGCACUGGCAGUUCAGUGCUACGGGAUGAGAAGCUGGCCAGCGCUGUGAGGAGGACGGUGGAGCUGGCCAGCUCCCAGGACCUCACACCCCGAGAGAGAAUGCACGUCAAAGCCGUCGAGCUGUUCUCCAGAGGAGCUUUGGGCAAGGCCUGUGAUGUGUGGGAGGAUAUUUUGGUGGAGCAUCCAACAGACAUGCUGGCCCUGAAGUUCUCCCAUGAUGGCUUUUUUUACUUGGGUGAGCAGACACAGAUGAGGGACUCUGUGGCCAGAGUGCUUCCUUAUUGGAAACCACACAUGCCCCUAUACAGUUAUCUAAAAGGCAUGUAUUCCUUUGGGCUUCUUGAGACCCGUUUCUAUGACCAAGCUGAAAAAUUAGCAAAAGAGGGCCUUGCUCUGAAUGCUGAGGAUGGCUGGUGUACCCACGCUGUAGCUCAUGUACAUGAGAUGAAAGCAGAGGUAGAGAAGGGUCUGAAGUUCAUGGCCUCCACUGAGAAGGACUGGACGGUGUGCGACAUGUUGGCGUGCCAUAAUUACUGGCAUUGGGCUCUUUAUCACAUUGAGAAGGGAGAGUACGAAGCUGCUCUGGAAAUCUUUGAUGAACAGGUUUCCCGUCGCUGCAUAAAGUCUGGAGCCAUGCUGGAUACAGUGGAUGCCUGUUCUAUGCUCUACAGGCUUGAAAUGGAGGGUGUGAGUGUGAAGGACCGUUACAGGGAGCUGCUGCAGGUGACCGAGCCACACUCCGAAGACCACACUCUUCUCUUCAAUGACCUGCACUUCCUUAUGGUGUCGCUGGGUUGCAAAGACACAGGCACCACGCAGCGUCUACUGGAGAGCCUGCGAGAGCUGGCCAAAGAGCCAGGAGAGAAUCACCAGUACCAGAUUACUGAGACUAUUGGGUUGCCCAUGUGUCAGGCACUGGUGGAAUAUGACCGAGGCAACUACAGUAAGACAGUGGAGCUGCUCAAACCUUUAAGAUACCGCUUCAUGAAGAUAGGGGGCAGUGAUGCACAGAGGGAUGUGUUCAGCCAGCUAAUCAUUCAUGCUGCAAUGAAGUCAGAAGACAAGUACCAUCAAAGAUUUGCCAGGUGCCUUCUGGUUGAAAGAGAUGCAGCGAGACCAAACUCCCCUCUCACUGAUCGACUGAUCCAGAGAGCUCAUUCUGUACACAUUUAAUUCACAAGAGCCAAUUCUUCCACACUGCCUCAAAAGUACUGCCGAGUCACUGUUCCUUUCCAUCUCAGUAUAGAAAUUUGAAUGUACCAGUACUAAUAACUGCAAUUGUAAAAAAUAAAUAUCAGUACCAGACGUUUUUUGGUUCAGGGCAGUUGGUUGAAAGUGGAAAGAAUGUUUCCUUGGAUGCUUAGAAAAUGCGGUUUAAUAAAGCAACGAAAAUCUUGA